UUAGGGAAAUGCUGCUGACGACUCGCGUGACGUAUCAAACCAGGAAGUGAGGAAGUGUUGCUGUGGGGAGCGCAAAGGUUGACACACUUUACUUUUCCUCACCUCCUGACUUCUUCUCAGUGGACGGAACAACGUCUUCGAGUUGACGUGUCAGGCUCAGCAUCCACCUCGACGCUGAGACCAGCCGCUGCCGUCCAGCAAUGCCUCUGUUUCAGGCCUCGGGUGGUGGUCCAGCGCAUGCUAAGCCUGCGGGGAGGACGGUGAAGAAAUUUAAGUUCAGGGGCACGUGUGAGAAGACGGAUGAAGACGGCGCUGUGUAUUCCUUGACACGGCUGAGUCUGCUGAGCCUCGCUGACAACAUGAAGGACGUGUGGGUGAAGGACUAUGCUGACAACUACAUGGAUCACUAUUCCUUCAGAUACAUCAUGGGGCCUUUCAACUUGCUGCCAGGUGAUCUGGUCCAGGAGCUGAUGUCGCUGCUGUGCAGCAGAAAGCAGAUGACCCGAGCAGCCCUCCACCUCCUGCUGGUCCCUCAACUCCGUGUGCUGUCUAUGGAAAAGUGUUGUAGUCUGGUCAGCUCGGCCCUCUGUCCCCACAUUGCUGCACGUUGUCAGAGCUUGCGGAGUCUGGACCUGACUGGAGCCCAGCAGCUGCCCUCGAAGGUCCUGUCUGAAACCCUCUCGUGUCUGCCUGCCCUGCGCUCGCUCUCCCUGGCUGGUACACCUUGUGACAGGUGUGUAAUCAGGGCGAUCACCAGCCGCUGUCGUUUUCUGCGCCAUCUGGACGUAUCCCGCUGUCACUUCCUUUCCCCUGCUGCGCUGCUUCCCCUCGGAGGUGGGGUUUCCUUUUCGUCGCCUGGCUGCACCACUACAUCCCAGCCUUCUGCACCUCUGUCUCCUCUCCCCCUCAGCAGUCUGCUCGCUCUGGAUACUGGGUUUGGGGAACAAGAGGGAGACCCUGUUGCCGUUGCUGCCUACCUUCUCCUCUCACUGCCUGGACUGGAGAGAGUGGCCAUGGACGGGCUCGCGCAGGCCUGCCGUCUCAUCCAGCACAGAGAGUUCAAGGAGACAGAUGAGUUCACUGACAGAGAAGGGAUUCCCAGGCUGGAGGAGGUGUGGGAGGGGUGGAGGCACAGGCAGGGCAUGGAUAGUUGUAGGGGAACGGGAGAGGGAGCAGAAGCUGCAGAUGAGGAAGAUGAGGAGGGGACGUUGUUGGAGGGAUAUGGUAGUGAAAGUGAGGGAGAUGAGGGACCCAGUGGCCCAGAGGAAAAAGGGAGAGUAUCUCAAUCAGGGAAUAAACACCCGAUCCUGCGCUUAAAGGACGUUAGCAGCGUAUCAUGCGACUCUCUAGACAGUAUAAGUCGUUUGUGUCCACACAUCCACUCCUUAUCUGUGAACGUUGAUGAUUAUGAGGGUACCAGAGGAAGAAGCCAGCGUUCUCUGUUAGCCACAGGCCUCCAGAUGUGGUCAGAUCAGCUGCGGAGCCUCUCACUUCACUACUCUGGCCCUCUGGUAGAUCUCCUUCCUGCCUUGCAAGUUGCAGGCUCGUCCUUGCUCUCUCUCACCCUGGAAGGGGUGAAAACCAGCCCUCACACCCCUCUGCUGGAGGUCAUCAGAGCCUGUCCCAGACUCAGAGACCUGCACAUCUCUGCCGAGCCUCCCACCGUGUCACAGAUAGAGGAGAUCGAGGAGGAUCAGCAGGAUGAUCGGGAUCUUCCACGGCUGCCUGACCUCUGCUCUUUGACACUCAAAUUCUCCUACGAGCACAGCCAAAUGAGGCCUGUCAUGUCCUGGAUGUCCCUGAAGAGGGCGCUCAGGUGUCUCCUGGCUGGUUCCCCUCGACUAGAGAAGCUCUCACUGGUCUCCCUGCCCUGCUCUCUGGACCGGGUUUUACAGGAUGUACAGAUCCUCAGAGAGGUCCAGCCUCUCUAUGUUUCCGUCACAGACUUGCCACUCGGAAGGGUACAACACAUUGAAGUUCCACGAACAGAUGUGAGGACAGAAACUGUGAAAAGUAUAAUGCUACGGAGCAAGAGACUCAGGUUUGUGGAUGUGAGUUGCUGCUGGCAGAUCAGUCACAGUGGAUGGUUGGACUGUAAGGCUUUCAGGAAGGUAGAAGUUGUCUGGUCUUAGUGAAGAGAUGGAAACCUCCCAACACAGGAGCAACACUGAUGAGCAUGGAUAAAUACAGCUUUAACUGAUUCAAAAUACAAAUGCACUGAGCUCUUUGUACAGUAUCAAUUACAUGUGCACUUUUGGGCAAGUUAAUUUGAAAGCAUAUAGCUUUACAAACUACCAAUUAUUGCACACUAGAAGAACUACAGCUGACGGAGAAAAUGAGUUUGGUUAACUUAAAGGAUACGUAUUACUAUACGUGUGUUAUAUAUAUAUUCUAGUCCAGACCAACAGAAGCACCGUUCUCCCACUGAAAACAUCUUGUCAGAGGUCAAUCCCAUGACUUUGUGACAUCACACUAUGUCACCAUAUUAUACAUUUACAUAAUGUAAUACUUAACAGCUUGCUUGGCACAUAAGAAUGGAUUCAGCACAGUUACUCUCAUGUUGUUAGACCAGAGGACACUUGGUGUUUGGUAUCAGGGGGUUUCAAGAGAAUGCAGCUAAAACAGAGUGUUUCAGACAGAGGAGGGAAACAGUGAUGCUACAAAAUGUAGUUAAGCUUUGUGUUUGAUUAUGUGUAGUUCAUUUCUCCCCAACACUGUGCAGUAGUAUGUUAGGUUGCAGGACUUAAAUCCUAUUUUUCUUGUUAUUUUUGUUAGAAUACUGCACACAGAUUGAUUUUGCACUGAGGUAUAUAAUAUGUAUAGUAUUUCCUAAAAUCUUGUCUCACAUCACAAUGUAUUUGACAUACUCCUAUUGUGCCUUGAAUAGAUUGCACACUGUAUCUUUUGUAUUAUAUUUUAAAUAAAGCCUUUUACAAUCAA